AUGGAACAAUUGGGAGCAGUCAAGAAACUUGGUUUUUCCUUCUUCCAUCAUGAAAUUUGUUUAUCAAUUUAUUUAUCUUGCAGGAAAUUGAACAAUGCUGGCGUAAUAAAUGAAUCUAGCAGAGACGAUAAUCAUACUUCAAUUAAAAGGUUCGUUUAUAUGUUAUUUCAAUUUACAUGUUAUUGGAAAGUUUUACAUGAUGUUCAAUGUUUUAUUUUUCGUCUCAGAGAAGAUGAACUAAAUGGUCAAUCGACUUCGAAUUACUAUCAAUUUUAUGAUGAUCCCCAAACUCAGCUCGCUUUGAUAAGUCGUGAAGAGAAUUUGUUCCCCACAUAUCCUACGCAAAAAAAAUAUCGUGGAACUGACAAAAUUUAUGCAUUUACACUAUAA